GACAAAAUUGGUCAAACACCGCUCUCGCUAGCUGCAGAGAGAGGGCACGCGGCCGUCGUCAAACUGCUUCUCGACUCUGGCAAAGUCGACGCUGACUCGAAGGAUAAUGCUGGCCAGACGCCGCUCUCGCGAGCUGCAAAGAAAGGGCACGCGGCCGUCGUCAAGCUGCUUCUCGAUUCUGGCAAAGUCGACGCUGACUCGAAGGAUGAACUUGGUCAGACGCCGCUCUCGCGAGCUGCAGACAGAGGGCACGAGGCUGUCGUCAAGCUACUG